AUGGCGGCGCCGCUCCUCUUCUACGACCUCAGCCUCCUCCCGUCCUCCUCCUCCGGUGACGGAGGCGAUGGCAACUCCAACUCCUCUUCCUCCUCCCGCCUCCAACUCUUAGCCGCCACGGCGCGCGCUCUCGAGCUCGGCUACGCCGCCGUCGCUCUUGACCACCCCCACCGCGGCAUCCUUGCCGACCCCCACCGCUGCCGCACCGAGCUUUUCGCGCCCCUCUCCUCGCUCCCGCUCCCAUCCUCCGCCGCUCUCCAUGGCCGCCGCCUCGCCUCCCCCGCCUCCGAGCCCUUCCGCCAGUACACCCGAAUCACCCUCUCCCUCGAUUCCGCUGCUGCCACCGCUUCCGCGCUCGCCCCCUCCGCCUCCCGCCUCCUCCGCAACUACGACCUCGUCGCAGCCCGCCCCCUCACCCAGGCCGCAUUCGAUCACCUCUGUCAGGCACCCCUCUCAGCUCAACACCUUGAUCUCAUCUCCAUCGAUUUCUCCUCGCACGGUAAGCUGCCCUUCCGCAUCAAGCCCCCAAUGCUCAAGCUUGCCCUGCAAAAGGGGCUGCAUUUCGAGAUUGCCUACUCCCCACUCAUUUCUACUGACGUCAAUGCCAAGAGCAACCUGAUAGCUGAAGUCAAGCUUUUGGUGGACUGGACUAAAGGAAAAAAUCUCAUCAUCUCAAGCGCUGCUCAUACUGCUUCCCAGAUCAGAGGCCCCUAUGAUGUCAUAAACCUAUCUGCUUAUUUACUUGCCAUUCCCAUCGACCGAGCAAAAGCUGCUAUGUCCACCAACUGCAGGUCACUUGUUUUGAAGGCUAUGAGGAAGAAACACUUUUACAAAGAAACAAUUAGAGUACACAGACUAUUACCAAUACCAAAUGAAGAGUUGACUUCAACAAAAUUCAAGUUUGCUGAUUGGAUUGGUUGGAAUUCUGUAUCAUCUGAAGUAGGAGCAAAUCAGCGGGGACCUCCUUCCAACUUUGAUGAACUUCCUGGUUCACCCAUAUGUGGUGUAAUAGAAGGGUCACACGAAAAACCUCACAAUCCUGAUGUGUCUGUCAUUGCUAAACUGUCAGAACAACCUAGUGAUCAAGGUCAAAUCCCAUCUGAAACUCAAGAAGAGACACUACAAGUUGACAGAACUGAAGUCCUGACAGAUUGUGUCCAAUCUAUCUUGCCAGCAUCUUUCAAUUAUCAGAAUGCUAUACUUGAGAAGGCCGAAAACAAUGAAGUUUUUGUCAAUCCUUUUGUGCAGCCUGGUACAGGUUGUUUUGCUGACCCAAAAAUUAUCGCCAAACAUGUUGAAUUCGUGCAGGAUGCAAUGGAAGUAGAUACAAUAGAAUCAUGUAGGCCAAAACUCAUUGUCAGUGACAAUAUUCCUUCAACCUCUGAUACUAGUACGAAGCUAGCAUGUUAUGCUCUUCCCCAUGGCAUAGAGUUUUCUGGUACUAGUCUUGAGGAUCAGGGGCCAAGUCACUCUAGUGAAAUCCUAGCUAAUGAUAAGUCUUAUGAAAUAUCACACUGA